AUGAAGACCAACCCUGCGGGCUCCCCACUAGAAACCUGUCAAACUGCAGGCCAGGUGCAACAGCAGAAGACUCAGGCCAAACACACACAGGCCCCCAGACAGAAGGUUCUGGUGACUGGAGGAGGAGGUUACCUGGGCUUCAGCCUGGGUUCCAGCCUGGCCAAGAGAGGCACCUCGGUCAUCCUGCUUGACCUCCGCAGACCCCAGUGGCCACUACCUUCAGGAACUGAGUUUAUCCAGGCUGAUGUCCGAGAUGAAGAAUCCCUGUACCAAGCCUUCCAGGGGGUGGACUGUGUCUUUCAUGUGGCCUCCUACGGCAUGUCUGGGGCUGAGAAGCUACAAAAACAGGAGAUUGAGUCUAUAAAUGUCGGAGGCACCAAACUAGUGAUUAAUGCCUGUGUCCGUCGGCGGGUUCCGAGACUCGUGUACACCAGCACAGUCAACGUGACGUUUGGUGGGAAGCCCAUAGAACAGGGCAAUGAGGAGUCCAUCCCAUACUUCCCCCUGGACAAGCAUAUGGACCACUACUCUCGAACCAAAGCCAUUGCCGACCAGUUGACUCUCAUGGCUAAUGGGACACCGCUCCUAGGAGGAGGCACCCUCCGCACCUGUGUGCUCCGUCCCCCAGGGAUCUAUGGUCCUGAAGAACAGAGACACCUGCCCCGGGUGGCGAGCCACAUCAAGAAGAGACUAUUCAUGUUCCGGUUUGGGGACCGCAAGACGCGCAUGAACUGGGUCCAUGUGCAGAAUCUGGUGCAGGCACACAUGCUGGCGGCCGAGGGUCUCACCAUGGCUAAAGGCUACGUGGCUAGCGGGCAAGCAUACUACAUCAAUGAUGGGGAGAGUGUCAACCUCUUUGAGUGGAUGGCCCCACUGUUUGAGAAGCUGGGGUACAGUCAGCCCUGGAUCCAGGUACCGACCUCCUGUGUUUAUCUGACAGCUGCAGUGAUGGAGUACCUGCACCUGGCACUGAGACCCAUCUGCACCAUCCCCCCACUACUCACCCGCAGUGAGGUGCUCAGCGUGGCCGUGACGCACACUUUCCAGAUUGCCAAGGCCCGCGCUCAGCUUGGCUAUGCGCCGGACAAGUUCAGCUUCGCCGACGCAGUGGAGCGAUAUGUGCAGGCCACGACCCCGCAGCCCCGCUGUUGCAUCGUGCUGACGCUCCUGCGGUUGCUGCUCCUGCUGCUGCUACUGUUCGGUCUGCUCGGCCUGGCCCUGUACUUCCUAGGGCUGCAGCCCUUGCAGGCGGUGGUGGAAAGGUUCUGA